UGCAGCUGCCGGCCGUCGCAGCUGGCGCUCCCCGGCGGCCCGCGGGCUGGGGCGGGGGUGGGAGGGGGGCGUGCCCGCGGCCUCCGCCCCCCGCCCCGCCGCGGUGAUGUCACAAUCCCGGGCGGCCCGGGCGUUCCCGGGUCGGCUUCGAGUGCGGGGCCGCGAGCCGGCGAUUGAAGCGGGCGGCUCGCUCCUGAGUCAUGGACUUCCCCUGGCCCCUCCUCUACCGCGCCCACUCCCUCGCCGGGCCCCCCCGCAGGGGCUAGCGUUCGCGCCGCGGCUCCGAGGGGGUGGGCUGCUGGGAAUGGCUGUUCCCCCUUCGGCUCCUCUGCCGUGCUCGCCCUGUUACCUGAGGAGGCAGACGUCUUGCCCGCAGUGCUCAUGGGGCAUGGAGGAGAAGGUGGCGGCCAGUGCGAGCUGCCGGGAGCCGCCAGGCCCCCCGAGGGCCGCCGCCGUCCCGUGCUUCGGCAUAUCCGUGGACCAGGACGACAUCCUCCCCGGCGCCCUGCGCCUCAUCCAGGAGCUGCGGCCGCAUUGGAAGCCCGAGCAAGUUCGGACCAAGCGCUUCACUGAUGGCAUCACCAACAAGCUGGUGGCCUGCUACGUGGAGGAGGACAUGCUGGACUGCGUGCUGGUCCGGGUGUACGGGGAGCGGACAGAGCUGCUCGUGGACCGAGAGAAUGAAGUCAGGAACUUCCAGCUGCUGCGAGCACAUGGCUGUGCCCCCAAACUCUACUGCACCUUCCAGAAUGGUCUGUGCUACGAGUACGUGCCAGGCAUGGCCUUGGGACCCGAGCACAUCCGUGAGCCCCGGCUCUUCAGGUUGAUAGCCUUAGAAAUGGCGAAGAUCCACACCAUCCAUGCCAAUGGCAGCCUGCCCAAACCCACACUCUGGCACAAGAUGCACAAUUAUUUCACCCUGGUGAAGAAUGAGAUCAACCCCAGCUUUUCUGCAGAUGUCCCCAGGGUAGAGGUGUUGGAACAGGAGCUGGCCUGGCUGAAGGAGCACCUGUCCCAGUUGGACUCCCCCGUGGUGUUUUGCCACAAUGACCUGCUCUGCAAAAACAUCAUCUACGACAGCACCAAAGGUCAUGUACGGUUCAUUGACUAUGAAUAUGCUGGUUACAACUACCAAGCUUUUGACAUUGGCAACCAUUUCAAUGAGUUUGCAGGUGUGAAUGAGGUGGAUUACUGCCGGUACCCGGUGCGGGAGACACAGCUGCAGUGGCUCCGCUACUACCUGCAGGCACAAAAGGGGAUGGCUGUGACCCCCGGGGAGGUGGAGAAGCUCUACGUGCAAGUCAACAAGUUUGCCCUGGCAUCUCACUUCUUCUGGGCGCUCUGGGCCCUCAUCCAGAACCAGUACUCUACCAUCGACUUCGAUUUCCUCAGGUACGCAGUGAUCCGAUUCAACCAGUACUUCAAGGUGAAGCCUCAAGUGUCGGCCUUGGAAAUGCCAAAGUGACCAGCGUUCCCCACCCUCCCCUACCCAUAUGCCUGGCUGGCCUGCUCUCCAGGGCUCAGUUCUGCUCUGGGACCCGCAGCCUUGGACAUCGUGGGAGAGGGGACAGGUGGGUGACCAGGGAGGAGGCCCUGCCCC